UGAGACGCUUGUCGGGCCUCCCGUGAAAGAGGCGCACAACGAGAGCAGCACGGCCGUCUCCCACCACUCGACCUUGCAGGCAUUGUCAGACACUUCUGAAAGCUUUUCUAGCUGCGCUCGGCACCCGGAUCUAUUCUCGAGCCAAACUAUCCUGCGACAUGUCGUCUGCGUCCCCUAUCGAUCAGUAUGGGCCCAAGUCCGGUGGAAGUGGGAGUGGGUAUGGUAGUGGACAAUCGGACAACGGAAAGAGCCCUCUAUCCAUGAGCUUGGGUUUUUUGAAGACUUUGACUGAGAAGAAGAACACUCGUGUUGAUGGACAGCCACCGAAGAGGCGAGGUCCUAAGCCGGACAGCAAACCGGCCUUGACCAGAAGACAAGAAUUGAAUCGACAAGCUCAGAGAACCCACCGCGAAAGAAAAGAGCUAUACAUUAAAGCUCUUGAACAAGAGGUCCUGCGAUUGAAGGAGAACUUCAGUACGGUCUCACGAGACAAAGAGUCCCUGGCCGAGGAGAACCGCCAGUUGAAGCAGCUACUCGCCCAGCAUGGCAUACCAUGGAGCGGCAGUGGGGGUGUUGAUGAGCUGGUACAUCAUGGCGGCGCUAGCUAUACUUCCAGCGGAAGCAUAUCUGGGAGCUAUGCGCCUGGGUCUUCGAGCUACAGCCCUCCGCCGCAAGCGAAUCCGCACAUUCAUAUCGCAUCACCCCAUGAUGUCGGAGUGGGUGGACGCAGCAUGGCCCAGCAGCAAGUUCAGCGAGGGGUAGACUAUGACCAAGCGGGCAUUGAUUUCGUCUUAACGCUUGAGAGACCAUGUAUGGACCAUAUGCAGUUCCUCGUCGAACGAUCUAGUGAGCAGGAAGGCGAGUUCUGUGGCCAUGCGCUCAUGGCAACGUGCCCUCCAGAGCCUUACCCCGAGACCAACCCUGAUAUUCCUUUCGGGCACAGUCACCCGGGACAUACCAAUGCGACAAGUACUCAAAACACGUGGGACCUGUCUAAACCUGAUCUUGCCAAUCUGCUUGAUCUGAGUAAACGACUGAACCUCGAUGGCGAGAUCACUCCCGUUAUGGCUUGGGGGAUGAUCUUGGCUCAUCCGAGAUUCUCAGAGUUGACGACCGAAGACUUUGAGAGCAUAUGUCAGGAUCUGGGAGCCAAGGUUAGAUGUUAUGGAUUCGGUGCUGUAUUGGAAGAAUUUGAGGUUCGGGAUGCGCUUGAGAGCGUGUUUUAUACCAAACCGGAGCUGCACGCAGCAUAUUGAAGGAGUUCUUGAAGGGAGUUGAGGCGAAAGGAAGUGUGU